CGGGGUGGGCAAAGAGCUUGAGCUGAGGGAGAAUGAACUAGUCUACCGGCCCUUAUAAACGUGUUGGCCUGGCUGGCCUUGAACCUGAAAUCCACAGGGAAGGGACACCCCAGGGAAUUGGCUGAGGAAGGGCACCUACAGCACUUCACCCGGGAUUUAAUUCAUGGUGGGUAUAUUAGCAGAGAUCUUGCUUGAUGCUCUAGAAGCCCACCAUUUAGCAGAAAAACAAAAUGUAAAUAUUGCUGUUGAAGGCAAUGUUGUGGGGAGAAAGUAUUCUAGUUCAGUAAUAGAAAACGCUUUUCCCCUGGUUGUGUAUGACUAAUAGCAACAAUAACAAAAAUAGUGCUUACUAUGUGCCAAGCACUGUUCUAAGUGCUUUAUGAAAAUUAAUUCACUUCCUCCUCUCAACAAAUCCAGUGGUUGUUACUUUUUUUUUUUUUUUAUCAGUACUAUUUUACACCUGUGGAGGCUGAGGCACCAAGAGGUUGCCCACGGUAAGCAGGUGCAGCUGAGGCGAGUGGUGUAACACCAAGCACCCUGGUCUGGCCGCAAUCAGGAGAUUUGGGUGCCAGGGCUUCCACUCUCUGGUUGUGUGAACUUAGCUUCUCUGAGCCUCAGUUUUCUUAUCUGGGAAAUGCACAGUGUACUCCCUCCUUGGAGAGGCAAUGAAUGUGCAGGCACUUUAUGAACUGUGCAUUGUGAUACUAAUAGAAAGAGUUAUUAUUUAAGUAAAACCUUGCAUUUCCAAGGCCAAAUCUCAUCUAAAAAGAGAAAAUGAUGAGCUGGGUUGAACUUGCAGAAUUUAAUGGGGUUACCCCUCACCAAGAGGCAAACAUAGAGUCUUAGCUAAAAUCACAGGGUUUGGAGUCACAUUCCUGCAUUGGAAUCCCAGCCCUGCCACUCAUUAGCACUGUGACCUGAGACAAGUCACUAAACAUUUUUGAAACUGUUUUAUUGCUAUGAUCCUCCGUUUACUCAUACGUAAGACGGGCCUAAUAAUAUAUUCCUCAUAGAGCACUUAUGAAGAUUCGAUGACAUGCACCUAAUACAAUGCCUACAAGUAGUAAGUGCUCAAUAAAAUGUAGAUGGGGCUUUCGUUUUUUUUCUGAUUCUUCUUCCUCCUCAUGCCCCCUAUGUGUCUUAAUUGCCCUCCCUAAAGACAGCCUCUCUGGAGCCCAGCAUGUGUGGGGGACUGAUGGAGAGGUAUGUGGCUGCCAUGGUGCUGAGUGCGGCUGGAGAUGCCUUGGGGUACUAUAACGGGAAAUGGGAGUUCCUCCGGGAUGGGGAGAAGAUACACCAGCAGUUGGCCCAGCUGGGCGGCUUGGAUGCCCUGGACGUGGGAAGGUGGAGAGUGAGCGAUGAUACGGUGAUGCACCUGGCCACAGCGGAAGCCCUCCUGGAAGCUGGGGACGCCCCAGACUUGGCUCGACUGUAUUCCCUCCUUGCUAAGCAUUACCAAGACUGCAUGGAAGACAUGGAUGGCAGGGCACCAGGCGGCGCCUCCGUGCAGAACGCCAUGCUGCUGAAGCCAGAUGAGGCUGGUGGCUGGAGGAUUCCCUUCAACGGCCACGAGGGUGGCUGUGGAGCUGCCAUGCGGGCCAUGUGCAUCGGUCUCAGGUUCCCUCACCCCAGGCAGCUGGACACGCUGAUCCAAGUGAGCAUUGAGAGCGGGCGAAUGACCCACCACCACCCCACGGGCUACCUGGGGGCCCUUGCAUCUGCCCUUUUUACAGCCUAUGCUGUGACUGGCAAACCACCUAGGCAGUGGGGAAAAGGGCUGAUGGAGGUGCUACCAGAGGCUAAGAAGUACAUUGUCCAAUCAGGCUACUUUGUGGAGGAAAAUCUUCAACACUGGUCCUACUUCCAAAACCAAUGGGAAAAGUACCUAAAACUUAGAGGGAUUUUGGAUGGCAAAUCAGCCCCUACCUUCCCCAAGCCCUUCGAUGUGAAGAAGAGGGAUCAGUUCUACACGUCCGUGAGCUACUCCGGCUGGGGUGGCAGCAGUGGGCACGAUGCCCCCAUGAUUGCCUAUGACGCCAUCCUUGCUGCAGGAGACUCCUGGAAGGAGCUUGCCCAUCGAGCCUUCUUCCACGGUGGAGACAGCGAUUCGACAGCCGCCAUUGCUGGCUGCUGGUGGGGAGUCAUGUAUGGUUUUAAAGGAGUGAGUCCCCCCAACUAUGAGAAACUGGAAUACAGAAACCGGCUGGAAGAGAGAGCUAGGGCUUUGUAUUCUCUCGGUCAAGGGAAGACGCUGUAAUUACCCUCUAGGGAGAUGCGAUGUUCAUUUCUGGUGGUUUCUUCUUUUGAGUAUUCCCAUUUCUGCUCUGUUUCUUUUCACUUUUUCCACCAAAGAGUCUUAGCCUUGUACUCAGGAAAUUUUGAGAUAACAAAUCCCUGGGGCACCUUAAGCUCAAUCUUUUCAGAUUCAUCUCAUUCUCCCUGAAUCUGACCCUCUUCUUAUAUUGAAGAGUCUUUUAUCUCAGUUGAUGGGGUCAGUAACUCCCAAGACAGAAAUCCCAAAACCUCAUAUUUGAGUCUUCAUUUUCAUCAUGUAAUUGUUCUAAAGUUUUUUUCUGUUUGUCUUAGGUUUUAGGGGCAGGAAACCAGCAGCCUUAAGGCCACAUGUGGCUUUCUAGGUCCUUAAGUGUGGCCUUUGGACUGAAUCCAAAUUUUAUAGAACAAAUCCUUUUACUAAAAGGGGUGUAGCAGAGAAUGGUGAAGCUUUGCUUCCCUCCUUUGGUGCAUAGAAAAAGAACAAUCUGGAAAUCAUAAAGCUUCAGGUUCCCCACCCCUGGUGGGUUCUCUGACAAUGUGGACUCUGAGACAAGGAUUUGAGUGCAAGUAGUUUUUCUGGGACACGAUUCCAGGAACUACUGGUAGGAGAAUGGGGAAGUAAGACCAAGCAGGGAAGGGGGCGUUAGUGAGGGUUUCCACUGUGGGCAUUUGGGAUUCGGUCCAUCUGGGUCCCCUGCUUAAGGCAAUUCUCAGAGUAGUCCCACCCGAAGGACAAGCAAACCAGCUUCCAUCUGUCAUUGGUUGAGGACCACUCCCAGGGAUGCUACCUCCCUGGUACUUCUUGGCUUGCCUUUUGUGCAAGCCAAACCUGAAUGUCUUCAGGUAAAGACUCAGAGAUGCUUGCAGUAGCAAGCUGCAAGGUGCAUGGGAACAGUGAGGGUAUAUGUGGGGUCCUAACAGCAUCUACUAGACUAUUCUACCUCCCAAAUAUAUUUGAAAACUAUCACCUCUUUUAUCUUCAUGCACUGAAUAUUUUCAACUGGAUUUCUGCAAUCCACGCUGCCCUUGUCUGGUGAGGUGCCACUCCUAGCUGCCCUCAGUACUUUCCUCGUCAGGGCACCUGACACGUUACCAAUUUUGUUAUUGUUUAUUUUCUUGUCUGUAAUCGCCUCUGGACAGAAUCUGGCAUGAUGCCUGGGUACACAAUAGGCACUUCAUCAGUACGUAUGCAAUAGUUGUCGUUAACUCACCUCCUGUCUGGUGACUCCCUCCUUACUCUCCAAAGUUAUCUUUACAAAUGACAAGUCGAUCAUGCUGGAUUUUGAAUCAUGUUCCCAUGAAUACAUCAUCCCCUUUCUUCAUUUCUUGAUGCUCUUCCCACUCCUUUUCCCCUUUUCCACCUGGUAAAUUCAUCCUCAUCCUUCAAGACCCAGCUCAGGUAGAACUUCCUGGGUGAAACCUGCUUCGACUGUUCAGGCACUUGGCCAUCUUCUAACUGUACCCAUAGCCUUUUGCCCCAGCCCUGUUGCCUUCUGAUCCGGCUAUGUGGUGAUCGUUUGUCUUCUGGGUCAAUCUCAGGUGCACUCUGCCCAGCAGACAUCCAACUCAGAAAUGAGAUGCCAUCGUCACCUUCAUCUGGUCACUCUAGUCUCAGCCAUAGGCCUGCUCUCGUUUGUCUUGUUGUCAGGCAGUAAGGAAGAACACUCCCUUCCUUCCCCUUUCCAGAAAACCCAGAACUAUGACUCGCACAAUUUUUCCUUCAGAUCUUUGGUUUUCAGCAAGGGGAAGUGGGGAAGGGAGGUUGGAUUAUAGCUGCCUCCUAGUUAGUCCCACAGGGAUUUACUUUUCCAAGUCCUUCCGGUCUCUUUAGGACAUGGCAUGUGUGGGGGGUGGGGGAGGCACUGGUGUAAGGCUUUAGCUACAGUUGUACAGAAGAGGAAAAGCUCUUUAGAGACCCCGUUAUACUUGCUUUGUCAAUUCUCACUCUCCAUCACAGGCACACUUCAAAAACAGUUUAGACUUUCACACUCCUUUUUAUCAAACCUCAAAACCUCCUCCCCAGACUUCACUCUCAACUGGUGGCCUUGCUUCCUUGUCUGUGUGUUUGUGUGUGUGAGAGAGAGGAGGGAGGAUGACAGUGAUUGGGGAAAGGAGACAAGCUUAAUUGUGUGCAUAAUAUUAGAGUAAAUCAAUAAAGAUGGUGCGAUACACAGUA